GGCGAGUGGAACCAUAAUGACGCUCUUCGCCGUCGCUGUGCCAUAUGUUGGCUCGGCUACAAGGGUCUUCGUUUCUUUGUACUCCUCCGCUGCGGGCCCGUUUGCUGGCCUCAUUCUUCUGGCAAUCUCGUCGCCGUGGGUCAACGCAAAGGGUGCAGCGUGGGCCUGCCUGCUGGUCUGCGCACUGCAGUUGUGGCACGCCGUGGGCAGAGGACUAUCGGCCAUGCCUGCUCCGCCUGUGAUUGCUGGCACGAUGGACCGGUGCCCCUUUGUGACCAAUGACACCGAUCGCACAGAAGGGGUCGAAGAAUCCAUGGCUCAAAGGUAUACCUAG